GAGAAAGAGAGAAUGGAGUAUAAGCAUUUCAACCAUGAGCACAACUUGGCAAUUUUUGAAUUGCAGGCGGGAAAUGGAAUCCACUGCUCAGGCUGCCGGACACUCUGCUCGGACUCUGCAUACGCCUGCUGGAAGUGCGACUUCUUCCUCCAUCUGGAAUGUGGGAAUGCGAACCGGGCGAUGGAGCACCCAUCGCAUGAACUGCACCAUCUCACCCUUGUGCCAUACCCCACUUACUCUGCUGGCUCCUUCGUCUGCAAUGCCUGUGGCGCCCCGGGAAGUUCCUUUUCCUAUUGUUGCUCGCUCUGUGAGUUUGAUCUCCACAUCCGAUGUGCUCUCUUGCCGGCAAUUAUCAGCCACUGGGCUCAUCCCCAUGAACUCAGCCUCACUUAUGGCCUCGGCCCACAGGCCAAGGUGUCAUCGCCGCCCAAUGCUUGUGAUACUUGUCACAAACUAGUGGACAACAAGUUAUGGACUUAUAGCUGUGGUCCAUGCAAAUUUCAGCUACACACUUCUUGUGCCACACCAGAGAUGGUGCCGAUUUCAUAUCAGGCUGAUGGUGUCUCAGGGAAUGCAGCAGCAGAGGCGGGACCCGGCUUUUACAAGGAAGAGAAUGGUAGUGGAAGUAGUCAGAAUGGAUCAAAGCCAGCAGAAGUGGAAGACCCAGUUCUUGCAACUCAACUUGAAUUGAUGAGACUUCAGCAGGAGUUGGAACUCAGCAACCAGCUUGCAAAGAUGAUGGCUUCAUAUAAUCUGAGUUCUCUUGUUUAAAGUUGUGGAAAGCUUAGAGGCAAUGUGUGACUUCCUUCCACAAGAUGAAAAUAAGUGUAAAAAAAAGAAAAAAAAAAGUGUAAUAAAUAAAUCCCCAGUAUUCCCAAUCUA